AAUAUGGUUUUUUGGAGGAGCGCACCAGUGCGCACUGCUUGGAGUAGCCUAAUCAGCCACACAUGUAUAACACACACGUUUCGGGCGGGAAAAUACAUCUGUCUGUAGUGGCUAUACUACUGGAAUUUACAUAAAAUCCUAGAAAAUGACAACGGCAACAGAAAUGGGGUCCACGAAAAUAACACCCGAGGUUCUGCAAGAGAUGCUACAACAUUACAAUUUAACGCGACAAGAGUUCAUCGAGUCUUACAACAUACAGCCGCUUGUCUACGUCCCUGAGUUGCCGUUGGGCGCUAAGACUACUUUCGUCAUCAUGUAUGCUAUCAUAUUUGUCCUGGCUUUGAUUGGGAACAGUUUGGUUGUCUACAUAGUGGUGCGUAAAAGAGCUAUACAGACCUCCACUAAUAUCUUCAUCUGUUCUCUGGCGGUGAGCGAUCUUCUUAUCACAUUCUUCUGUAUCCCGUUCACCUUGUUGCAGAACAUCUCCUCGGAAUGGCUCGGAGGUGUUCUCAUCUGCAAGACGAUUCCUUUUGUUCAGACUAUGGCCAUAGUGACGGGGAUUCUCACAAUGACCUGCAUCGCUGUGGAGAGGUACCAGGGAAUUGUCUACCCCUUGAAAAUGAGGAGGCAGUACACUCCGAAAAGAGCGUACAAGAUGCUUG